AUGGCGAACAGAGUAUCGGUCUAUACAACAGGUUCAGGCGAUUCUGAAGGUCGCGAUGGCGAGCAAAAGAAAGACCUUUGGACUUCUAUGCUUGAGUCCGUCGCGAGUGGCAAACGAUUACCAGAGAAGAACCUCAUCGUUCUAGGCGGUUCUCCCGAACAUCAAAGAGACUUUCUUGAAUCUCUUUCCAGCUCCGAACCUAGGCGCAAUGCGGACCGGCUUAAGAUACCGCCAAUUGCCAACAACUUUGCGCUGGGCUACACAUAUUACGAUGUCCUCGACGCCGACCAGGAUGAUACCUUGGCUCGAGUCUCGCUCUACUUCCUUUCUCAGGCGUCUACCGAGUUCGCUUCCUUAGUCGCGCCCCUCCUUACCCCAGAGACGAUCCCCAACACCUCUCUGAUCAUCCUACUAGACUGGUCACAACCGCACCUGUGGCUGCGACAAAUAUGGACUUGGGUUCAGGUUAUACAAGAGGUCCUCAAGAAGGUUGACACAGAUCAACACGCUCUUAUGGAAGAGGUCAUGUCUGCGUGGAAAGAAAGAGGUCGAGGAGGCGCGGCGACCAAUCUUGACGGCACACCUUCAGCUACAGCCACUGGCAGUGAUGGAGAUAGCUCACUUCCUUUGGGACCAGGAGAAUGGGAGGAGCCUUUAGGUCUGCCGCUCUGUGUAGUAUGCCAAAACGCAUGGAAAGAGCCCGAUUUCGAUACUGUGUUGCAAUACUUGCGAACAGUUUUGUUGAGACAUGGUGCUUCUCUCAUUUAUACUUCACAAAAUGCGCCCUCUCAGCUACCGUCUCUUAUCCACUCCACUCUUGGAAUCACAUCUCUCCUUAAGCGUCACCCACUAAAGCAUAACGUUAUCGACCGUGACAAGAUUGUCGUUCCUACCAACUGGGACUCGUGGGGCAAGAUUCGUGUUCUGGGCGGAACGUUUGACGCCGAGCAGGUCUCUAAUUCAUGGUCCGAAGAUAUCAGCACUCCCCGAGAGUCUAUGCGCUUCAACGACGAUGACCAAGGUGAGGUGGACGAGGCAGAGUUGGAGGAGAGAGAACAGAAAAGUGCGAUCGCGCGCUAUGAGGGAUGGUGCCGCGACCCCAACAGCGGCGGCUUGGCGGUUGUCGAAAAUGCUAUGCAUGGCGAGAAAUGGAUCAGCGUGGAGAGUGACGAUACUCAAGACUUCCUCGAGAAGCAGCUCAAGAUCCUCGAGGCAUUCAAAGCCAAGCAGCCAGAGAAGGGUUCCGACAACGCCAUCGCUCGCAGCACACGUCACAUCGAUUAUAGCGCCGACGAGAAGAGCAUUAGCGAGCACAUCGGUCCUGUGCAAUUCAACAUGGGCGGUAUUCAAGUUGACGCUGAUGAUAUGCUGCAGCGUCUUAAAGAUCGCAAUGCGUUUUCUUCCUCGCCCAGUAAUGAAGAGGAGGAAGCCGAGUCGCCUGCUGCGAACAUGGCCAAGGACUUUGACAACGAACAACUGCAGAGUUUCUUUACUGGUCUGAUGAACCGCAAAGGCACAGCAGAUGCAUCCCGUUCUUGA